AUGGGCAUCAACGCCGCGCAGUACUUCCUCUUCCUGCAGGAGUACACCACGUGGCUCGCGGUGCCCGCAGCCCUGGGCCUGGUGAUCCACGUGGCGCACGCGGCCUCCGGCUCCCCGGAGUCCAUCACCGCCUCGUCGGGCGCCAGCCUCUUCAUGUUCUUCAUGACGAUCUGGAGCACCCUCUUCGUCGAGCACUGGAAGCGGAGGCGCUUCGCGCUGAACUACAAGUUCGGCUUCCACCAGGCCGGGGAGCGCGCGUACGACCCGGGAGCUCCCGCGAGCUUCCAGGUCGGCAGCGCCGCGAUGGCCGAGGCGUUCAAGCCCGUCUGCGGGGGCCCCGAGGCUGCGACGAAGGCGGCGCGGAAGGCCCUGGAGCUUUCCAACUACUCGCAGAACCUGAGCACCCUGGUGGGCUCCACCGGCAAGUCCGACCCCGUCAGGACCAAGAAUACUGUGGUGCUCCUCACGGUCAAGACCAUCAUUCCCAUGGUGUUGCUGCUCGGAGUGGUCGGCGUGGUCAUCCACUUGCUGCUGUGGAUCGGGGACCUGGCCGAGAAGCGGUUCCAGAACGUCGUGAUGCAGAACCUCCCCGUGCUCUUGUACCUCAUCGUCGCAAACGUCCUUGAGAAGGUCUAUCUGUCCAUCGGCGCCAAGCUGACCGACUGGGAGGGACACCCGAUACACACCCAGCACCUGAAAUCCCUGACCGCGAAGGCAGCGUCGUUCCAGCUCGUGAACUACUUGGGCUGGUUCGUCUACGUGGCCUUCUGGAUGAUGGACAUCGCCCUCCUCCAGUCACAGCUGUGGAUGUUCAUGACGGUCAAGCAGGUGAUCGCACUGUCCAUGGAGACGCUGGUCCCGAUGGCCCAGCACCGCUGGAGCAGCAGACGGGAGGCACGCGUCGAGGCGAAGCGCAAGAAGGACGACGGCAAGCCGGCCGACGGGUGGCUGCGGGCGGAGUGCGAGCGGCAGCUCUCGCUGGGACGGGUGGACCUCGGGGGGGAGUACAUGCAGCUGGCGGUGCUCUUCGCCACGACGACGUCCUUCGCAGUGGCCUUCCCGCUGGGGCCGCUCCUGGCGCUCCUCUUCACGCUGGUCUCCAGGUACUCCGACGCGUUCAAGCUGCUGAAGCUCAGCCAGCGGGCCCCGCCCCGCUACGCCGACAGCGUGGUGCUGGACACGUGGCUCGACAUCUUCGAGGCCAUCUCCACGUGCGCCGUGUGCGUGAACUUCGGGUGCUGGGCGCUGGCUGGGGACCGCGGGUGGUCGCCGCUGCAGGUCGUGCUCGUGGAGCACGCUGUGCUCUUCUUCAAGUUCUACGCGUCGUGGGCGAUCCCAGACCGUCCAGUGACGGUGGAGAGGAAGGAGGUGGCGAUCGAGGCGCUGAUGCACCACAGCGGGCAGCGCGAUUGA